UCAAGCGAAAGACGGAGGUGAGAUUAUCGGGGAUUCUCAGCAGCAGCGGUCCUGUUAGUAUUAAGGGAAAUAAUCACAAUGGGCAGCACCGAUUCAAAACUGAACUUCAGGAAAGCGGUGAUUCAGCUGACAACAAAAACACAGCCAGUUGAAGCCACAGACGAUGCCUUCUGGGACCAGUUCUGGGCAGACACCACCACCACGGUCCAGGAUGUUUUUGCACUGGUGCCAGCUGCAGAGAUAAGAGCUGUUCGAGAGGAGUCCCCCUCAAAUUUAGCAACCCUCUGCUAUAAGGCCGUGGAGAAGCUGGUGCAGGGUGCAGAGUCUGGCUGCCCCACAGAGAGGGAGAAGCAGGUGAUCCUGAACUGCACUUGCAUCCUGACCCGCAUCCUUCCCUACAUCUUUGAGGACCAGGACUGGAGAGGAUUCUUCUGGUCGACGGUGCCUGGCGCUGGGCGGGCUGGGACAGAUGAGCUGGAUGAUGAUGACGGAGCUCGACCACUGGCCGAGUCGCUGCUCCUGGCUAUCGCUGACCUGCUCUUCUGCCCUGACUUCACUGUGCACAGCCACAAGCGAGGCCCUGACUCUGUAGAGAACAUGCAGUCUAUAGACAGCUGUGAAUACAUAUGGGAGGCAGGGGUGGGCUUUGCACAGUCCCCUCCACUCAACUACAUCCAUGACCUGAAUAGGACCGAGUUGCUGAGAUUGUUACUAACCUGCUUCUCUGAGGCCAUGUACUUGCCUCCAUCAUCAGACAACAGUGUCCUCAACCCUUGGGUGACUUUCUUCUGCUCCACUGAAAAUAGACAUGCUCUGCCUCUGUUCACCUCUCUGCUGAAUGUGGUGUGUGCCUACGAUCCAGUGGGCUACGGCAUCCCUUACAACCACCUGCUCUUCUCUGACUACCGGGAGCAGCUAGUGGAGCAGGCUGUACAGAUCCUUAUUGUGACGCUGGAGCACGACGGAGGGGUUCCCCACCGCCCUGCCUCCCCAUCCAGCAUGGAGGAACAAGAGUCUACAGGCCCCGAAAACCUGUUUGUGAAUUAUUUGUCAAGGAUUCACAGAGAAGAGGACUUUGACUUUGUACUGAAGGGCCUGGCUCGUCUGCUGACCAACCCUUUGACUCAGACUUAUCUGCCUAACUCCACAAAGAAGAUCCAGUUCCACCAAGAGCUGUUGGUUCUCUUCUGGAAGCUGUGCGACUUCAAUAAGAAGUUCCUGUUUUUUGUCCUGAAGAGCAGUGAUGUGUUGGAUAUUCUGGUUCCCAUACUCUACUACCUGAACGAUGCCAGGGCUGACCAGUCCCGUGUAGGACUCAUGCACAUUGGCGUGUUCAUUUUGCUGCUGCUGAGCGGGGAGAGAAACUUUGGCGUGCGCUUGAAUAAGCCCUACUCCAUCCAUGUACCGAUGGACAUCCCGGUGUUCACAGGGACUCAUGCUGACCUGCUUAUAGUGGUGUUUCACAAGAUUAUCACCACAGGCCACCAGCGUCUCCAGCCUCUGUUCGACUGUCUGCUCACCAUUGUUGUAAAUGUGUCUCCCUACUUGAAGAGCCUGUCCAUGGUGGCAGCAAAUAAACUACUCCACCUGCUGGAGGCCUUCUCCACCAGCUGGUUUCUGUUCUCUGCAGCCCAGAACCAUCACCUUGUAUUCUUCCUUCUUGAGGCUUUUAACAAUAUUAUCCAGUACCAGUUUGACGGAAACUGCAACCUGGUGUACGCCAUCAUUCGCAAACGUAACGUGUUCCACCAGCUGGCCAACCUGCCCUCCGAUCCAUCUUCAAUUCAAAAGGCUUUGCAAAGGAAGAGGAAGUCACCAGAUGUCAUUUCCCGCACAAGCUCCCAGGAGACCGUGUCCAUGGAGGGCUCUCACCCUGCUGUGCCAGCGGAGCCUGGUACACUGAAGACCAGUCUGGUCGCUAUACCAGGCAUCGAUAAACUCACCGAGAAGUCACAGGUGUCAGAGGAUGGCACCAUGGUGUCCGUCCCAAAGACAGAUUCCCCACACACCGUCCACCCAGACCAAAGCGCAGUCGCCGGGACCAGUGAUACAGAGUCAAACUCAGGCAGAGAUAAUGAAGAUGUUUUCUACACUGACGCAGAAAUGGAGAGAAGACGUUUGUCAAGUGCGUCCUCGACAUCGUUUUGGGCUCCCACGCCAGAUUGGGUCCUCUCCUGGAAGUGUAAGCUACCCUUGCAGACUAUCAUGCGUCUUCUACAAGUGUUAGUUCCCCAAGUGGAGAAGAUCUGCAUCGACAAGGGUUUGACAGAUGAAUCAGAGAUCCUGAAGUUUCUCCAGCAUGGCACAUUAGUGGGCCUGCUGCCAGUUCCUCACCCCAUCCUCAUCAGAAAGUAUCAGGCCAAUGCAGGCACUGCCAUGUGGUUUCGCACUUACAUGUGGGGUGUCGUCUAUUUGCGCAAUGUGGACCCUCCUAUCUGGUAUGACACUGAUGUCCGCCUUUUUGAGAUUCAGAGGAUGUAGACAGGCAGCUUCUUGACUUAAAAAAAAAA